AGUGAUUUUACUCUCUAAUGUGCUUACUCUAUCUUGUUUUAGUGAUGAAAGGUUCCCUUUUGUUUACAUCUGAUAGAAGUGAUUUUUCCUAUUUUUCAGCAGUGCUAUUUUUAACGUGAGUUCUGACGAAGAAUUAAUUCCUUUCAUUUUUGAUUGCAGUGAGUUUUCCAAUUGCUGUUUCACAGAUAUCUUCUUCUCUUUUGAUUGGAUCGCAAAAGUGUGAUAAUUAAACAUAUGUGGUUUGCUUAAGAAAACUCAUAUUCAAUAUUGGCUUGUAUUGUUUAUUCCACAUUACCUCUCUUUCUAUGCUGUAUCAUGAGUCAAAAUCAAAAUAAUCCGGUUAUACAAGAGUUGCAAGUAUUGGAAUAUGAACUGAGAACCACAAAAAAAGAUAAAGUUUACAAGCGCUUACCUAACUCUUCCGUGUUUUUACUGCAAGACAAGCAAUCAGUUCUUGGACAAGUACGAGGUCAACUAAAAGAUGAAAAAGCUCAGCCUUUAAAGUGACCAUCUUCAUACUGUCUGCUAAACUGUCAUUCUUGAUUAAUAUGGAAACAUUCAAUUUGGACAAGUUAAUCUGUGCUAUAGAGUUAAUACUUUAUAAAAGCUUGAAAGAAAACAGCGACGACUCUUAUACUCACAAAUUAAUUGAUCUAGUUGAUUUUGUUAAACCAGAAUUAUCCUUGGAUGAUUUGUAUAAACUGAACAACAUUGUUGGAAAUGCUCUUAGCCACGAAACAGCUGUUAAUGAUAUUGAACUAUCUACUGCAUUCAAAUUGGUUGGAACAAUCGUCUCUGAUGAAAGAUUUAUCAAUCAAAGGCCUGAAGUAGUUACCUCUAGCUUUAAUUGGAUUAUUAAAUUUUCUCAUCUCCUUCAAAAUGAAGAAGAGCCGCACUACGAUCUCCAAUACUCUUUCCUCAAAUGUAUCAAUAAGCUUUGCUCAACUGAAUCUGGUUGCCUUUUGCUUGCAAAAAACGAAGAUUUGCUGUUGGUUAUUUUUCAUCUUCUAACAAAGAGCCAAGGAUUUUAUGUUCAAAUGGAAGCUCAGUCCGUCAUCACUAUCUUGUUGGAAAAUGUUCUUGAUAAGCCUAAUGUUUCUCAUAAACUAUCUCCUUAUUUACAUCAAAUGCUACUCGUCAAUUGCAAAAGCCAUAUGGAAUGUUUAAACAAUCUAGUGAAAAAAGAUUGCAUGAGAAGAUUCCUCAUUUCCCAAUUCAACCUCGAUACAAUCUUAUUAUCGAAGCUCAAGUCAUCCAUCAAAAAUGAUAAAUUACUUUCGCUAUUCUGUGAAAUUCUAGCUUGUUGCAGACCAUCUGAAGAAGUCAUCACACAAGUUGUUCAAACUUUAAUGGCUGAUAAGAAAUUGAAAGCAAUUAUAUCAUUUUACACUGCUCUCCUCAAAAACCACGAUAAAACCCAUUUUAAUGAAUGGAAACUGUUCACAAUCUACCCUUUUGCCCAGUCAAAUACCGAGUUGAGUGAACAAAUCAUUGGAGAUUCGAUCACUAGGAAAUUAAUAGCUGAAUACGGAAAAAAUGACUUCAUUAUGCUGGCUCUGAGUUGUAUCGAUGAAAAAGUUGUCUCAUUAUUAUCCAGUGAUGAGCACCUAUUUAUUUUACUUUGUAUUGGAAAUUUCUUGAAAGAUGCACAGCACUCCAUCAUUCCGAAAAAAACUGUUUUCAAAAGUCUUAUUACAUUCAAUUUACUUUGGAAGCUAUCUGACUGUCCGACUAUCAUCCUGAAAUCACUGGAAAUUAUUCUUGCCCUCAUGAUGGAUUCUUUCAAUGAGUCAAUCUCUUUGCAGCAAUGCCAAUUUGAAAUAAUGAAGAACGUUCGUGAAAUUAUUCAACAACAUCGGAAUAUUUUACCGCAACAAAUAUUGAUUGAUGUUUGCUCAAAGGUAAAUGAUAUUCUGGUUCUAACCACAUCAGAUGCAGAUCUUGAUCUAGUUGAUAGUGUUUUGGAAAUAAUGAUUGCAGUAUUGAAUUCGAAUGGGGAAUCCUUUGUUAAAUACUACCCUGAGCUUAUUGACAAUUUCUUAAGCCAUUGGAGUAUUUGUUACCAAACUUCCAACGAUACAUCUUUAAUCUCAUCUUGUAUUCCUAUUUUAUUAUGUGUCGACUUAUAUUGUUGCGAAAGUCAGCUCAAUAAGGUCGGAAUCUCAAAAAAUCAAACAAUUCCAGCAAUCUUAACUAACUAUUUGAUUGAAGGAGAAUAUCUUCUGCGUGAUUCAGUUAUCAAAGCAAUAGAUUACAACUAUCCAUCUUUCAUAGCGUCCAAUUCAUGGAAUCGGGAACUUUCAAAAUUAUUCACCAAAUUUUAUGGAUUGCCUAUGAGUCAAUUGAUUCUCAGUGAAAUUGACUCUGAAGUCUUGUCAAACAUAUUGCUCAUAUGGAUCUCAAUUUGCAAUACAAUUAAAUUUAAACAAGAUGCAGAAACAAGAUUCAAUUUAAUUCAGAUGCUUUAUGAAUCAGGUUUCUUAACAUCGCUUUGGUUACUCUUGAAAGAUGAACUGGUGCUCGGAACAAUAAAGGUACUUGCAUUAAAUGGUGCCAAAGAAGUCUUCAAUCUAUUGCAAUCAACUGGAAUUACUUCUGCUGAAUUAACUACCAUCUUAAGUAGCGCAGUUGAACCUGAAUUUUCAAUUACUGUUGAAGACAUUGAAUACAAAACAGAGAAUGGUCAUAACAGUCGUGAACAAGUUAUAGAUGAAAUCUUUAUGGAUCGUUCUACAUUACCAACUCAAGACUUGAUCGAAAUUGUCACUGAAGAAUUUAGUGGAACUAAAAAGUUAAUUAAGAAAAAACGGGAAAUCGGUGAUGUAUCUAUUGCUUUAAUAGCAAACUUCUUCACAACUCCGUUGACAACCAUCGUGGAUAUGGAUGUUGCCCCUGAUCCAAUAUUUGCUAUCUUAGAUGAUAUUAUUGCCGCUCGUAAUUUUGAUACAAGAAUACCUUCUGAUUGUUAUUAAUUUAAUAAGGAAGAUCAAACAUAAAACUAUUUGCUAAAAGUAAUUCAAAUGGCAAUUGUUACAUUUUGUAUGGACAUUGAAAUUUUCCUAUUCAAUAAAGAUUUUUCUUGAAGUUAUUGAA